GUUCUUACAAAUCUUACAAUACAACACAACAAUACAAAAGUAGUGAAUAGUUUUUGGUGUUGUUUGUAGUUUUGAUAGUUUUAUGCUUUAUACUUAAUAUAAUUCUUUUUCUGAAAACUCCAAAAACUAUUUUUCCUAUCAAUCAGUGCGAACUUUCCGGUUUAGUCUAUCUCGUGAAAUCACUUUAUAUAAAUCAUAUAUCUUCGAAGAAUUCAAGUUCAUAAGUUCUCUUCAAUGUUAGUUUUAUAGGUGGAUUCAAUUGUUACAUAGUUUGAAAUGUGAUUGACCACAGAAACUACGAGAUUUAUUAUUAGUAAAUUUGAAGAAAUAUCAGCUUGGAUGUUUGGGUUUUGUUCCGUAUCAAUUCUGAACUUCUCAAUAGUUUGGACGGACAACCUAACCUAUUCAAUAAGGACAUGAUGCGUGUCGAUGCGAGCCGGGCUGAGAAUGGCCCAGUACGAGUUUCUUCCGCUCUGCGACGUUCUCUUCAACAUCAUCUCGCUGGCAUCCUAUUUCUGCGAUGUGGUGUUUGAUGUGGUGAUGGGAUAUGCGCUGUGGGAGCGGGGUCAGGGUGCGUGGGCACUCUUCACCAUGUCCUUCGUGGUGCUCUCCCUGGUGGUCAGCCAGGCGGUGUCCUUGCGGUGGUACACGCAUGCCUACCAAGGUCAUCCGUCUAGGUCGGCCAUCAACCGCUUCGCAUUCUCAUCCAUUGUGUUCCUGCAUAUCAUACAGUUUGGCAUCUUGUGGAGAUACUUCAAGCUAUUCAUUCCAGUAGACCUGCGUUUCGUGAAGUAUGAAGUGCGCGACCUUUGCAUGCUGAGACUGGUGCAUGCCUUCAUAGAAGCGGCUCCUAUGCUGCUGGUGCAACUCUACUUCCUCUUCCAUGAAACUUCUGUCACCAAGGAGUUCGUUGAUCUCAAUCUCGUCUCAGUCAUUUUGUCCCUGUUCAGUGUGUGCUGGGCUCUGGCUUCGUUCAGCAAAAACGUGCGAAUGCAAAAUGUCCACAGACUGGUUCUGACUUGGCUAGGAGUGAUAUUUCAGUUCUUUUGGCGCCUGGGAACUGUAUGCUGUCGAGUGAUCUCUCUGACGGCGUUCGCUUCGAUUUACGGUCGCUAUGUAUUCCUGGUGAUUGUGUUGCAUUGGGUCUCCAUGUUUCUGUGGCUAGUCUCGCCUAAAAACGUUUUCCACGGCGAGCGGAUAUCCCGCGGACGCAAAGCUGCCUUGUCAGCACUUAUUGCGUUUGUUUAUGUGUUCGCCUACAUCAAUCUGCAAGAGGUCAAUCAUCGCCAAAAGAUGCUGACGUUCUACAUAGUGAUGGGGCUGGAGAACGUUCUUCUAAUGGUGACAUGGCGCAUUGGCAUCUCACGAUCGCCUCCCUGGUACAGUGAGUCUCUUCCUCUUCUGGUGGCCGCACUGUUCGCUUUCGGGCUCGUAUUCCAGGUGCUCUACUAUCAGUUUUUCCAUGUGCGGAGACUCAACUAUGAGGCGGGUGGUCGGCUUAGCAGCAACAACAGUACGGCCAGAUUGCAUCCCAACACCAACGGCAAUGCUAAUGGCAAGGAUUUGGUGCGUCGGCAUAGCUUCAGUGGCGGCGUCUACACCAACAACAAUGGCACAACUAUUGGUGUUCCAAGUAACAACUCGUCUUGGCUACAGAGAAACGGAGAUAGUAACAACUCGUCUUGGCUGCAGAGAAACGGAGAUAGUAACAACACACAACAGCAGACUGCCAAAUAUAGAUAUCAUUGUGUAAACCAUCAUCAUGGAGGAAUUCCGGGCGUUUUUAAUUGUCGCUUCACCAAUCCUUACACGGCAGCCAUGACGAAGAGAAAAAAGAAGAAGCCGACAACUUUCAUUCCACCGCCGUCAGUUGGUGAGAACCCGGUGCCGUUUUGGUGUCGGCCGCUACCUGCUAGACACAAUCAUCAGGGUGGUUCGAGCGAAAACGAAGGCAGCUCCAGUGUGGGCUCUCGUGUCAACAUCCAACAGAAACUGCAGGAGAAGAAGCAGAAGCAGCUGUUGGAGUUGCGAGUUAUCGAGGAGGAGAUCAAACAGGGCAAGCUGCAUCCGAGUCCUGCGGGGGUGGUUCCGCCUCCUCCACCUCCUCCUCCGCCAAGGGGCAAGCAACCGCCCCACGCCUCACGGCCCCAUACCCCCGAAAUAUUGCUCACUCCGCACUAUCUGCACGAUUGGCAGACCUCUGACCACGAGUAUUACGAUGUGUCAGCGGGAGCUGGGCAUCAGCAGAUGUUGUACCUGAUGUACAAGUCAUACCGUGUGCCAUCCGACCUCGACUCACAGGUAUCCCUGCCGCGUUCCUACACGCUGCCCAGAGAGUUCAAGUAUUAUCGGCGAACAAGACCAAGGCCCAGAAAAGCUAUACGCUCAGAACACUUUAUCGCUUCUACUAACUCUAGUGAUGGUGAUGUGGAUUCAGCUGAUGACAAUGAGUCGGAAUCCUCACAUACAGCAUCCCAACCGAGACCACUGAGAAUGGUUCAGUCAGUGUAUGGCGUAAAACAUGAAACAAAACUAUGAGGUUAUCUCUUUUAUUGUUACAAAGGAUGUAUUCACUAAAAUUCUUGUAUGUUUAAAGUUCGUGUCAGUCUCUUUGGGAAGCACUGUGUUAUAGAAGAGAUUCAUUCAGCAUCUAGAUGAUUCUUCUAAAAUGUGAAAGUCUUUCACAUUACCAGAAAACGGCCCGAAAAAUGGUGCAUUCUUGUUUGUGUUUACAAGUUUUUCAUGGGGUACUCUGUUCUAUUGAAAAUUAUUCAGUUAUCUUGAUAAUUCUUCUUAAUGUUGAAGUUCCUCAAACACCAAAAAAAUAUAUGAAUUGGUAGACAGAAUUGUGUUUGGUACGAAUGUGGUAGCAAUAUAUGAAAUGAUCAAUUCAAGUUUCAACUUUUCCGGUUUGAAUACGGCUAAAUAUGAUCAUCUUCAACUAAAUCUUUAGAAAUUAAUUUGAUUUUGCAAUUAUUCAAUUGCAAUCAAAUAAGUGAUAAUUAAUUACAUGACAUUCCAAUUUGGUCUAAUUUAUCUGAUGCUAUAGUUCAAUUCCCGCCUGGACGAAUAUUUUUCACAGCAGUGUGCAUCAAUCCCCCUCUUACCCUCUCUCUGUUCACAAUCCUUCAUGGUAAUCAAUUGAGUGCUUCAUUUUUGAAUACUAGAAUAUAUACUGGAUUAUACAUGUACAAUACGUAUUAUACAAUACAGAGCAAUACGGAAAAGUUUUAGAUGAAUUUACAAAAUAUAAAAUGAAUGAUUAUUAAAAUGCAAUUGAAAAUGCAUUUUUGAAUAAUUAUUAUUGUUUUGUAUCUACAUAAAUUGGCUAAGGUUUGAGCGUAUCAAUGCUCAUUCUCGGAAAAGGAUAAUAAGAAUAUAAUAAUAAUUUAUUCGACCAAAAAAAUAACAUUGUACAAACAAAUUGAAAUAAAAUAACAUAACUGUUGUAGCUAACACCCACGCAAUGCAUGUUUAUCAUUAUAGUCUAAAUGAAGUCCCAAAGGUGAUCCUGUGUGGGGCCCUUCUUCGUACGUUUAGAUAGCAAAGUUUUCAUUACCUCCUCAGUACCUCUACCUUGCAGAAAUUCAAAUUGGUUCUUGCUAAAAAAUUUCUAUUAUUAAAGCAGUUCAGAAUCCUAUUUUCCAUCACCCUCUCAAGUAUUUUAGCGAAUAUUGAUAAUAGUGUUAUUGGUAUUAAGUUAUCAAUGUUUGUGUUUCUGCUAUUUUUUGAAAUGAGGAUUAUAAUGGAUUUUUUUAAUAUUUCGGGGAAAACACCUUUUUUGUAAGCUCGGAUUCUAGAGCUUAACUAAAGCAUCUAGGAUGUGAUCUGAAAUUUCUUUAAUUGUUUGAGUCGAGAUACCAUCCACUACCGGCGCUGUAUUCAUCUUCAGAUCUCUUAUUAUGUCAUGCAUCUCUUCUGCAUUCACUGGCUGGAUAAUAGAUCCAGCUUGACAUUGUAUUAGGAAAACAUCUGCCAGUUCUUGAUCUUGCAAACAGUUUUCUAAUUUGGAUCUGUUAUUCUCUACAAUAGUAAGAAAGUACUUAUUUGUACUAUCAGCUAUUUGUUUUGUACCCUCAAUUGUUUCACCAUUUUCAAGUGUUAUUCUUUCGAUUGUCUUUCUUUACCCACCCCCUCCCUUCCCAACAAUCUAUUUACAAUUCCCAUUGUUCAUAGUAUUGCUUUUGCAAAAUUCAAAUAACUUUAAAAAAUAGUCUUUGGAAAUAUGGAUUUCAUUUCUCAAUUUAUUUCUAUAUUUUAAAUAUUUUUCUUAUUUACCGGAUUAUUUGGUUGCUCUUCAUAUUUUUUAUAAAGAUAAUUUUUAAACUGUAUUUUAUUGAUUAUCCACUCUGACCUGGGUUUUAAUUCCUUAUUUUUUUAUAGGUUCCCUAGUUGUUACAGCUUUGUAAAUUGUUUUCUGCAAGUAUGUAAUAAAUCUUUCCCAUACUGUUUCGACAUUACGAUUCUCUGUUUCUCCUAGAACAUUAUUCCAUACCGUUGUUGCUUAUAUGCUUUUGAGUUUUCUGUGGUCCAUCCUACUUUUCCUUUGUGUUUCAUUUCGUGUAUUUUGAUUUAUAAAUUGUUUUUCAUAUUGUAUUCCUAUCUUCAUCAAUGAAUGAUCGGUUGUAUCUAAAUGUAAAAUUUUAGUUUCUAUAUUCCUUAUUUUGCUAUUUAAUCAAAUUUUAGUGAACUGAACAAAUGAACUGAACAUGAUCGAUGCACCAUCUUAUUAGCACUUUAUUGCUAAUUAGUGUUGUGGGUUCAUUUAUCAAUCAAAUCCAAAAUAACUCCUAAUUAUUCUAUAUUCGUCUACAAUAUUCUCAUUAGAUAAUAGGUUUAUGUUUAUGUCACCAAUAAUAAGAACGGUUUGGGAUAUUUUUAUCUCAUUCAGUUCUAUCAGGAAUUUGUUUAUCUCAUUCAUAUAAAAUCCCGGUGAAUAUAGAUGUAAUCUGUAUACAACCAAGAACGAAAAAGCCCUGGAAUGAACAUUGACAAUAAAUACAGUCAGCUGAUAAUAAAUCAACCUUUUUUUGCAUACAUUUCACAUCUCUACUUAAAUAAAUUAUAGUACCUCCGGCUCGGUACUGUCCUUCCCAUAAACUCUCUACCUCUUGAUAGCAUAUUAAUUCCGUUUAAUUUAUUGUAAUUCAAAAUUCUGUCUUUCAAAAACAUAAUAUACUUGAUGACUUGUGAUCCAUGAUUUUUUAGGUUUUUCUAUUUUUAGAGAAUUUUAUUUUCUACUGCACUAAAUUAAAAACCACUUUAAAAAAGCGUGCUAGUGGUUUAGUGAGAUUACUGCACUUAUAACCUUGAAAAAUCUUGAAUUCUACAACAAUUUCUCCUAAUUCUCGAUAUUUUUUCACAUUUAAAAAUAUCAUUACUCGUCUUGAUAGCUUGUCUAACUAACUGUAACCCAACACAGCCACCCUUUUUAUCCUGAUAGAUGUAGUUAACUUAUAUUAUACAAAAACCAAUUUUUAAACUAUUUGUGAAUUAUCCUUCAAUGUAUAGAUUUAAGUUUAAAAAUAAGUUUCACAGUAGAAUAAUUUUGUACCUUUAUGUAAUUUCGAUGUGUUUGUAAGAUACGAUUUUGUAAUAUUAUUAUUAGCUUUUAUAAAAUUAUAUAAUUUUAUUUUUAAUGCAACAAUUUGCUCAUAUUAGUACGAUCUUUUUAAUGCGUCCUUGCAUUUGAAUGUCAAGUUGAUUCAAAACAAGUUUCGUUGUAUACAAUAAUUAAUGUUUAGUAUUUCACAAAAAUGAUUUUAUUAUUACAAACCCAAUACUUAUUGCAGAUUUAGAAUUAGAAUUUUGUAACCUAUUUAAAAAUAAUAGUGAGCAGCAACAAGAAAAAUGUUUUGAAGAAAGUUUGGUUAAGUAUUCUAUGAAUACAGUGAUGUCACCGCAUAUUUCAGUUGAAGGAGGACAAUUAAAAUAAGAAAGGAAAAGAGUUUAUGUUUUUUGUGAAAAAAGUUUUUUUCGGAAAACAAACAAAUUUACAGUUUGAAGAAUUUCUUAGGAUUGAAAAAAUUGAUUUUGUUGAGCAAUGGUAGAUAAAAAAAGAUCAUAAAGCACAAUUCAAGGAGAAGAAAGGGAGGUAAAGAAAAGAAAGGAAGUGAUCCCAUUGAUCUUGUUAUGAUUUAUUCACGAUUCCAUCCAUUAAUUUAAUUUAUUGUUAUUUUAAUAUUUUCUUGAACGAAUUGUGAUUAGUUAUUAGUCCCGAAUUCCUUGAAAUUCAUGGAAGUAUAUUUGAGUAUUUGACUAGUUUUUCAACCACUCAUUUAUUUUAAAGAUUUCAUAGAUUAUCAAAAACAGUUAAAUAUUUGAAUAGCUUUUCAAGUUUUAAAAAAUACAGAUUUUUAGUUGAACUAUUUGAUUUAUCUUAUUUUAAAUGUAAAUUAUUAUUUUUAUGUUAUAAUUAUAUUGAAGAUUUCUAUCUUCGUUUCCUAACAACCUGUGCCAAAUGAUUCACAAUUGCCGUACGACAAGUAUGAAUUCUGCCCAAGAUAUUUGUUUUCAGCUAGGAAGUUCACUUUCAGGGUUCACUUUUAGAGUUGAAGUAUCAACAAAAAUACAGAAAUCAUUGUUGUUGAUUCUAAAACCUACAAAUGCAGUUAGCUCUGAAAAGCAAAAAUGUUAUGGUAGUUCAUCUAAAAACUUCUUUUCACAUGGCUUCAACAACAAGUUUUGUAAUCAGCGUAUAUUAUUGAACUGGUGAAAUCAUUUGAAAUGAAAAUAUGUUCGAUUGAUGAUUUUGUUUUUGAGAUAUAAUUCUUAUAAGCCUUAUAAUCUUAUUUAAUGUUAAUAACAGAACAGUUGGAUCUUCAGUUUCUGGAGAAAACGUUAGAAUAUCAAUGAGAUUAUGUAUUCACAAUUAUCCUGUAAAUAUGAUUGAUUCUGUUGGAACUGAGGCAUAUAUACAAAAACUUUUGGACUUAGCACUACUACCCAUAGUGUAUAGGUAGUAUAGAAAGUAGAAUAGGGAUCAAAUAUCUAAAUAAGUCCCAGAAAGUAUUAAUAUUUUUACCACAGUUCUCACACAAUCAAUAAGGCAAGAUAAAUGAGUAUAUUGUCGGAGACUAAAUACAUGAUUGCUGUGAAUCAGUUGCAUGAUAGUGAGUAAUCUUUUCACUCUAUGUUUGUAUUUAUUUUCUUACGUCAACAGUUACUGUGUACUGAGUGAAUUUGGAAUUGUAACCCGAAGAUUUUAGAACUUUGAGUUGAAGUCAACUUAUUAAAUAAAUGUCUUGAAUACGCUA